UGGUGGAGAGUACACAAUGAAACCUGGGCUUAGAAAUUAUGCCUGUGAUCUCACACUGGACCCAAACACAGUAAACAUACACCUCUCUCUGUCUGAGGAAAACACAAAGGUGACAUGGAGGAGGGAGAAGCAGCCGUAUCCUGAUCACCUAGAGAGAUUUGAGGACUGUGGACAGGUGCUGUGUAGAGAGGGUCUGACUGGGCGCUGUUACUGGGAGGUAGAGUGGAGUGGGAGUGUGGCAAUUAUAGGAGUGACAUAUAAAGGAAUCAGCAGGAGAGGAGGGGGUAUGGACUGUCUGAUUGGAUGGAAUGACAAGUCCUGGAGUCUGUUCUGCUCUUACAACAGUUACAAAGCCUGGCACAACAAUAAUCCCACUACCAUAGACGUCCCCCCCUCCAGCCCCCACAGAGUAGGAGUGUAUCUGGACUGGCCAGCCGGCACUCUGUCCUUCUACAGAGUCUCCUCUGACUCACUGACCCACCUGCACACUUUCCACACUACAUUCACUGAGCCCCUCUAUCCAGGGUUUAGGGUUUGGUUUGAAGACUCCUCAGUGUCCCUGUGUCAGGUGGUCCCUGUGUCAAACACAACAUGAUGUUUCACUCUAAUCCUGGUCAUGUUCAGUAAGACACACUGGAGCAACAAUGUAGAAUAUCUCUCUAGUGUGUAAACAUAUGAUAGUAAAUAUUCAUGAAUACACACCAUUGAAGUUGACAGACAUUGUCAACUAGAGUCCUUCAUUAAUAGAAUGAAUC